UMCGCCUGCGCUAAGAUGGAGCCCCCGAAGGUAGAGUCCGAGUUACAGCAGUUUUAUCACCAGUUGCUGAGCCCGCUGUCACUCUUACCCCGCAGGGUGACGCCCCCAGAGCCUCAGAAGCGCAGCCCGCAGGUCUCGAGAGUGCAAACCGUGUCUCUGGCAAAGCUGAGGGUGGCGCCGCUGUGCCGCCAGGUGGCCAAGCUGCUGGCCAACAGCGGGCUGGCGUCCUGGGUGCCUUCUGAAGGCCGACUCCGUCUCACCAAGGUCAUCCUGGACGAACUAAAGUGCAGCUGGCGGGAGCCUCCUGCUGAACCUAGUCUGAGCUACGAGAACAACCAGAAGCUGAGGAAGCGACUCGAGACUUACGUGCUGCUCAGCUGUGAGCAGCUCUUUUUACGCUACCUGCACCUGCUGGUGACUAUGUCGACCAUGUCGAAGGUCUUCACUGAAUCAGCCACCCUCACCCGGUUGGCUGCCAGCCUUGCCAGUGAUUGCACAAUCUUCCUUACCAGUCCCGACGUCUACCGUUGCCUGCUCGCGGAUUUCCAAACCCUUCUGAAGGCAGAGCACACCCACAGCAGCAUGGACAAGCGGCGCCCACCCUGCCCCAUUGGGCCUUUCAAACUGUGCCCGAUCCCCUGGCCUCACAGCACCGGCUUCGCGGAAGUGCCAUGCUCUAGCCUCAACCUGAACUACCUUGUCCAACUCAGCCGCUCACAGGAGUUUUUUACUGAGCCUGAAUUGGAUCCAGUGAAGGAAUUGAAGUCCAUCCCUCAGUUGAAGAGUAGAAAGCCUCUCCGCUGGCUGCCUACUGUAAGAAAAGAGAAAGAAAUCGACUUCAGUUCUAAACAGAUGGUGUCAAUUCCCAGCCACUCUGUGACUCCCACCAGUAGAGGUUCCCUCCCCCAUUCUUUACCUGUCCUUUCCCAGCCACAGAGAAGCCAAUCCAUGCCUUGUCUUCGUGAAGACUGGAAGCUGGCAGAUAAAUUGGGUCUUUCUACACUCCCUUCUCGUUCCUUUACCGCUCUGGUCUUGGCUCCAGGAGAAAGCAAACCAAAGCUGACUAGGGACAUUGUGGCUUCGGAUCUGAAGCAGAUGAUAAAGAACAUGAAGUUGGAGUGGACUCACUACUCAGCAUUGGACUCUGGCUUGCCCCCACUCCUGGGGGUUGUGACCUACCACCCAGCUGCCAGGCAUCACCUGGAGGAGCUGCAGAGAAUGUUAAAGAGCUUCCAGGAAAGAGAAGCCUUUGGACAGUGGGACCACCUGCACCUCAAAUCCCCUCCACUUUAUCCACAGCCAGUGACUACUACUUUGAAGUUGAAAAAUAAAGUCGUGGUCCAGGCAGCAGCUGUGCGACUUUCUGAUAGAAACUUUUUGGACUCUUUCCAUGUUGAGGGGGCCAGAGUCUUGUACAACCACCUGGCUGGUGAAUUGGACUCCAAAGUUAUAGACGAAAUGGAUAUGGAGCGCCUCAUUGGCAGUAGCACCAAGGAGGUCUAUGAAGAGUUGAUGAGCCGUGUCUCUACUGACCAUUUCUGUUUUGACCAAGGACCUCUGGUUGAACCUGCAGCAGAUAAAGACUGGUCAGCCUUCCUGUCCUCAGCCUUUCUGCGCCAUGAAAAACAAUUUCAAAUAGUCAACCCUGAUCUGACUGGACUUUAUCAGAGAACAAAUGUUUUGCAGUCGGACGCUGAGAGGAUGCCUUCUCCCCCACCACCCCAACCAAGCAAAGGCUGGGAAAAGCGGUCAAAGAAGCUCUCCUGGCUGACCUGGUGGAAAAGCACCCUGUCUGUGGAUGACUACUUCAAGUACCUCACCAACCAGGAGACAGAUUUCCUCCAUGUCAUCUUCCAGAUGUUUGAAGAGGAGGCACCUGUGGAGGUUCCAGUAUGCAUCAAAGAGUCCCCAAUUAUUCAGCGGCCCCCUCCCUUGUUAGAGGAUGAAGAGYCAGACUUUGUGCCAGGAGAGUGGGAUUGGAACACAGUGCUGGAGAACAGACUGGAAGGUGAUAAGAACCAGAUCCUGAGCCUGCAGAAGCGUCUAGAACGACUGUGGUCUGUUCUCGAGGUCCCUCACAACGUCCGGCUGGACAUGGCCAUCAAGUACAGCUCCAAAGCCCGUCUGAGGCAGCUGCCCUCAUUAGUAAGGGCCUGGGAACGGGCCUUGAAGCCCAUUCAGCUGCGGGAGGUAUUGCUGGCGAGACUAGAGUGGUUUGAACAGCAAGCCUCUGACCCCAACCGCUUCUUCCAAAAGUCUGAAUUGGGCCUGAGUCAUCUCCUGCAGGAAAAUCAGUUACGCAGCUAUUUCCACAGGAAGCUCAAUCAAAUUGAGGCUUCUUUGGUUUCCCUCCUGAAGGAGAUUGAAUUAAUCUUUGGUGAACCAGUGACCUUCAAGGGACAGCGCUACCUAGACAAGAUGAAAUGGGACAAAGUGGAGAUGCUCUACUGGCUCCAACAGCAGCGGCGGGUUCACUACCUGGGCCAGGACAAAAAGGCCUCCCAGCAAUCAGCCCGGUUCAAAAGGCAUAACAGCCAGUCUUUACUAGUUCCUGGGAACACGCCCAAUACCCUUUAA